GGCACAAUCACAGAGACAGGGACACUAAGGGUCGUGUACGAUAACUAAGAGAACAUUAUUAAUUAUUAUUAUCUGAGGAGUUUGUGAGUCUGGAUGUAGAAUGGAGAUGGUCCUCAUCUUCACCUUCUGCCUGAUUCUAGCCGUAUCCAGUGUGAUGUCUGAAGGAAUCAGAGUAAAGGGACCACUAGGUGGAAAUGCUUCUGUUACAUGUUCAUACCACGCAGAAAAAGAGAGCUACCCAAAAUACUUCAGGAAAGGGAAACCUGACAAAGAGCUUGCAAGACUGGACACAGAUGUAAAGUGGACUCGAGACAGCAGAUUCUCUCUAAAGAAUGAUAAGGAGAAGAAAGAGUUCAUUGUAACCAUCAGGAACCUGAGUGUGGAGGACGCUGGGAUUUACUGGUGUGGAAUUGACUAUCAAUUUUGGCCUGAUUUUCAGUCAAAGGUCAACCUCGAUGUGGUGCAAGAUACAACCACUGAAAAUGCUUUACUUUUUCAAUCUACAUCUUCAGCCAGCGUAACGAGACAGAAGACCCCAGAAGCACAGGUACAGCAAACUGCUAUUAAAGAUAAAUCUAUACAUCUCACACUCGUUCUGGUUGCAAUAAUGCUGCUUUGUGGGGGUUUGUGUUCCAUAUUCAUCUUUAUGAAGAAGAACAAGGCAAAAGCAAGUGGUAGAACAACCUCCAAACUAUGUGGGAAUUACACAGGAUGUGAUCUGAAAAAUUCUGUGUAUGACAACUUUAUCCCACAUAAGACCUCUUUAACUAUCCAAACCCCCAUCUAUGCUACUCCAAUAUCGCGCCAAAACCAGACUCACAUUCGUCCAUCUAAAGUCAACUCUGGAACAAUCCAGAGCUGCUCUGCAGAAACCCGACUUCAGCAUCCAGAUGAUGUUGUGUACUCUGUUCUGCAAUUUGAAACCUGUCCACAGCCACUUCCUCAAAGUAAUGCAACACCUUUCACUUCAACUCAACCAGUUCCUGUACACUAUUCCACUCUCCACUUUGAGCAAAGAGCACAUGUACCCAAUGACACUUCUGCUUUCUUAGAGGAGUCACAAGAUGUAUAUGUUACUAUCCAUUAGCAUUAACUAUCUUAAUAAACUGCUGUAUUAAAAUUCACUGUAAGAGAUAAA